UAAAUUGUAUAUUAUACACUGUACAGCCGUACAGUGUCGAGAUAUUUUUGAAGCGUUUCGAUUUGCUUUUAUAAAAUGGAAUAUUUCUAGAUGCAGAGAGCACAUGGUAGAUUAGGCUCCAAGAACUUGAACGUUGAUUAGGUGAUUUGUUGGAAACGAACGCCGAUGUCCCCGCGGCUCCAACGGGCCGGCUCAACUUUCCCGCUUUUCCGGAAGCGGCGGGCAUGACCCGAAAAGCGGCCGCGGCCGAUUGGUCGGUGCACGGCGUCUCUUAGCGCGCGCAGCACGCGGUGCCGUUGCACGUAGAACGUAAACGAGGGGGCCCAUUUAGCGUCCGGUCACCGUGGCGACGAGCGAGGCGAACGCGCGAGUGCGACACAUCGGACACACACGGGGGGGCCUGCGCGAUCCGAACUGAAUAGUGUCGGGACUCUAUUUAUAAGCGCGUGCACGCACAAUGGGAUACGCGUUCGCCUGUUUCCGUUACAGCCUCGUCGUCGGUGCGGUCCUCCUUGGCAUUUCCGGCGCGAUCGCGGUCGUGUGCGCCAGUUAUUUCAUUUAUGAGCUGUACAGGUACACGCCGCUCACACCCGACCAUGUGUGCGAGUCGUCUGCCGUCCUGCUGGCGUUGGGUGUUAUCACAUGCGGGUUCGGCUGGUGCGUCUGGCGAUUUCUCGAUUUUUCCAACAGGGGCCAAGUGAUCAUCUUUACCGCAGUACUGGCGGUCAUCGUCCUGAUUGAGACCGGAGUCGGGAUCUGGGCCUUGGUGCGACACGAACAGAUAGACGCUAUGUCGUCUGCGCAACACGAAAAGAUUUUCGCGCUCGCGAUCACGGAUGAUAAGGUCAUCUGGGACCACAUGCAGUCCACGUUACACUGCUGCGGAAUAGACGGGCCGUCCGAUUAUCGUGGAGUAAACGCGAUUCCUUGGUCCUGCUGCAAUAUGACGAAUCAAGAGACUGACAACCCCACUGGUGGUAUUUGCGUCGUUAUCAAUAAACGGGGAUGUCAGCACACGGUGUUAAAUAGGACGAGAUCGAUCCUCCUUCAUGUUUUCCUGGUGGCGUUGUGCUCCGUGCUGCUGCAAAUUUCCUUCAUAGCGUUCACGACUUGCUACAUCAGAAUCUACAAAGACAAAAUGGAAAGGAGAGCAUCGCAGUUGGCUGCGCGCACGUCUCUGCAAGACACAAGAGAAGAAUUGGACGCUAGGAACAACUUUCUGACCCGUCAGUCCAAGUACUUGCAAAAUUCUGAGGAUCCCUAGCCCAUGCUGAACACCGCGAAGGACAGAGAUGUGUGUCACUUAAGGACCGUGCGUCAUUGUGAUAUGCGAAAUACACUUCGCGUCGUGACAAUACCAACAGUGUACAGAUACACUAGUGAUACCGAUAUUGUUCCUGUUCCACAGGGUAUUUCGAGCCGACCGAGAAAUACUUUAGCGGGUUCCUCGCCAAAUACCUCUAUUAGCUUUUCUUCGUCUUCCGGAAACUGCGUCUUGCCAAUUCUUAACAUUGAACUGCUUGGUAAAUAAAUUUUAGUAUUUUUGAUAAAAUGAAAUAGGAAAUUUUUUUAUGCAUUUACAAAUGAUAUAAUUUCUUAAAAAGAUGUUUUAUAUCUGUUUCGUUUCUUUUUCUCAAUCAAACUUAAGGAGAAUACGAAACUUGAGUUGAGAAAGGUCCGUCUCUAAAGUAUUUUUCAAUCUUGCCUGAUUACCCCGUAUAAAGAAAAAAUCGACAAUAUUUCGAAAGGUGCCCGAGUAUUUGCUAUUCUUACUGCCAAAUAGGUGAUUUUUACUACGACGACAUUUCUGUCUUAAUGCAAUUUUUUUUUAUGUUCCUGGCAAUGUCGAGAAUUACAGUUUAGUUCAAGGAGUAUCGCUUUGUCACCUUAGUAAACUAUAACAAAGUCCGUGUUUAUAUUCCCGUGGGUUUUAGUUAAUUUAGUUUGUACUUAACAUACCUUUUAAUACGGUAGUUAUUAAAUAAACAGUCGACUGCACAGUGCGAUGCUUUAAUCAACGACACGACUAACAAAUGUAUAGGUAUUCGGUAUGAAUGUUUCAUUUUCAUAUCUUGCGUUAUCCAAAAGUGCUUCGACUCUAGAGAUUAAACAGCAGGACGUAUUAUAGUCUCACGACUCGGAGAAAGUGACAGAAAUAACCGUGAAUAGUUUUUGUAUUAUUUUUAUCUCACUUUUAUGUCAAUAUUUUUCGUUGAUUUUCUGUCCGAACUCCUCAUUGGCGCUAUAGUAUACGCAAAUCUUUUAUAAUAUUAUACCAACUGAAAGUAAAACCUAUUUUGUAUAUCCGAUUUUUACGAAAGCAGGGUCGUUUCUUGAAAGAAAA